CAACAUCAUCCAAAGGCGCCUAAAAGUGGCGUGUAUCGCAUGCGACGCGUUCUCGCGUUUUUGAGAACACGCAAUUAUAAUCUUAAGAAAGGAAACUUUGAGGGAAACAAAGAUAUUCAGCUGAGUCUUUUAUAAGUUUAAUGUUUGUACGGCUAGCCUUAAUAUAAGGAACGUCAUCGUGUGCCCAAGAGGGGUGAGCUUUAGAUUGAACAUGUAUCACAACAGCUCACAGAAGAAAUUCUGGACUUAUGAUAAAGAGGAAACUUUAGAUAAAUUAAGACUUGAAGCUAAUCAGAAGUUUUGCUCAAAAGCUCUGUCCAGUGGCAAGCCUGGAAUAAAUGAAUCCACACUUCUCAAUGAGCAGGAAGAGAAAGUGCUUUUCAAACACUAUGAGCAGAGAUUGCUAGACUUCUGUGCUGUGUUUAAGCCUGUUAUGCCUAAAUCUGUUGUGGGUACAGCUUGCAUGUAUUUUCGAAGAUUCUAUUUGAACAACUCAUUAAUGGAGUAUCAUCCUCGGACAAUAAUGUUGACAUGUGCAUAUCUGUCCUGUAAAGUGGAUGAGUUUAAUGUGUCCAGCACUCAGUUUGUGGGGAAUCUUCAGGAGAGCCCAGCGGGACAGGAGAGGGCCGUGGAACAGAUUCUGGAGUAUGAACUGCUUCUUAUCCAGCAGCUGAAUUUUCAUCUGGUCAUUCACAAUCCAUAUCGACCUUUGGAGGGUUUUCUGAUUGAUCUGAAGACCAGAUACCCAUUGUUAGAGAACCCAGAGAUGCUGAGGAAAAGUGCUGAAGACUUUCUCAACCGAGCAGCAAUGACAGAUGCCGGACUGCUCUUCUCUCCGUCUCAGAUCGCUCUCACUGCUGUCCUUAAUAGCGCUGCACGUGCUGGCCUCAAGAUGGAGGUAUAUUUAAAUGAAUGUAUGGGGCUUAAGGAGGAUAAAGAGACCCUCUCAAAGAUGUACGAGUCAAUGAGACGAAUGACAAGUCUUGUUAAAGCGUACGAGCUUCCCAAAGCUGAGGAGGUCAGUAUCUGCAAACAGAAACUGGAAAGGAUUCAUGCUGAAUUUGCUACAAACCUGAAAAGAAAACAUGGAUAUGAAGAUGACGAUCACGUUGUGAAAAGGCAGAUGGUUGUAGAGGAAGAGUGGACUGAUGAUGAUUUGGAUGCAUUGUGAUGAGUAAUUGACUUUAAACUGGCAGCAGUUAUUUGAGAACAGGUCGAGUGAUUCCAUCUGGCAACCGGAAAGGAUGAGCUUCUCAUUAUUAAAUUGUAAAUAUUUCAGCAAAAUGAUGUGUAAAUCUUUUAGUGAUGUCAAAUAAAUCUUUUUCUUUUUUUUAAA